CCACUUCAUCACAUCAAGCUGUCUUCAACGGUUGGUGCCUUGCCAAAGAUGAUGGUGUAAGAACAAGUUCACCUCUCCCUGACGCCUUGGACCAAAGCAACAUACAUGUGUCGAGAUGCCACCACUACUCUAUCACACCAGAUUGUCUUCAGUGGCAUCAUCUGAUCAAGAGUGAGGGCAUGACAACAAGUACACCUUGUCCCGGUCCUUGGAUUCCACCAACAUACAUGUGUGGAGACAUGUCAACAUCUUCACCACAUCAAUUUGUUUUCAGGGGCCAGCGCCUUGUCACAUUGCACGUGAUUUUCAGCCUUGUCAUGCAUCAACCCAGAUGCAUAUCAAACAUAGUCGGAAACAAACACACAACAUGCGGCCAGCUGCGGUCUUCUCGGUGACAAUGGAGUGAAUGUUCCCACGUGGUGAAGACAGGACGGUGCAUGUGCUCUUCUACCAGGGUACAAAUACCUCCUUCCCGCCCCCAAGUCUUCUUCCUUUGCACACAUACCAACCACCACUCCAUCUUGGCUCCAUCAAAGACCUUCUUCUCUUUGAAGAUAAGCAUCAAACACUUCAAUCAACUGUCAUCAUCACAACAUUCGGUCUCCGACACAAAUACCUUCAGUCGACUCAAGGUCUCAACCUCCUUCAUCGUUACAGCCUACCUCAAGUAAAGAAUUCCCCGUUCUCGAUCUACCGGCACCCAGCAGCCGCUCAGUUCAUCGACCCGGGCCUAAGGAACUGGGGUUACUUCAAGCCAACACUUGGGAGUCAUUGCCUCACCUUGAAACAGAUUGUGUGGUGGUUGACGUUGUUCACACAGAAGUCUUUUCUCUCUCGUUCUUCCGACUUCCUUCUCUCUUUCUCUUCCUUCGAUCAUCAACUAGACAGCGACUUUUACCUGUCCGGUCUCUCGAUCUUCGGUCUUCGUCACGAUCUUCUAUCACGAACACCUAUCCGCAAACUGUCCGCAAACUGUCGAGAAUCACUCUCUCAAAGCAAGCCUCCGGUUGAUAUCUCGAAGCUCAUCUUUGCACCUCGUUCUCGAAUCGACGACCGACAAUCCGCUCCUCUGAUUUGAUUGAUCACUCUUACAACAACCUCCUCCGAAGCGACUCUCUUCCUUUUCGUGUCAUCAAACAAUUUUCCUGGACAAUAACUUGACCACCAGUUUUGUCUCUCG